CGUUGUCUUUCUCAAACGCGGUGGAGGUCUCUUCUCUGGCAGCAGCAGUGAGGGACUGGGGGAACCCAGAAACGAGAGCACUGCAAACACUCUCCCGGCUGCUGCAAACAGGUGUUUCCAUCCUAUGGCUGCGCACUGAGCUUAACUCACGACUGCCUGCCUCCUCGAACACCAUCUGCACAUGUAGUUUAGAGUCAUGAUGCAAAGCUACUAGCAGAGACUGGGUUUGUGCGUAUUUGUUGUGCUGCUGAGGAAAUGGUACAGUUAGGGGAACAUGCGGCGCGUUGUGGUGAAAGUCUUUGCGCAGCAUCACGGUGGAAUGUGUGGUUUUCAUUUUUUAAGUUUCACUUCUGUUCUCGGACAUGCAACGGACAAUUCCUGAGUAAAAAAUGAUUCGCCUGGACCUCAUCUAACAGGCCUCACCGCACUGCUGGGACUAUUUGACUGUGAAUUCUUCAUUUUCUGCUUUGUUAUUUAACGCAUCGCUGUAGUUGCCUCAGCUUGUUACCACCGCGCCUGGACGUUUCCCCUUCAGAAUCCAGUUUUCUGGAUUCAAAGGGAGUGAUCAUUUCCACGCAAGUUGUUUUUUCCAAAGCGCUGCCAAACUGGCCAUGGCUGCAGCGAUUGCCAGCUCCCUCAUACGGCAGAAGAGGCAGGCGAGGGAGCGGGAGAAGUCUAAUGCCUGCCGCUGCGUGAGCAGCCCCAGUAAAGCCAAAGGGAGCUGUGAAAAACCCAGUCGACUGAACGUUUUCUCCAGAGUCAAACUCUUUGGUUCCAAGAAGAGGCGAAGGAGACGGCCAGAGCCCCAGCUGAAGGGGAUUGUGACGAAGCUGUACAGUCGACAAGGUUUCCACCUGCAGCUGCAGGCAGAUGGAACCAUUGAUGGAACGAAGGAGGAAGACAAUGGUUACACCAUGUUCAACCUUAUUCCAGUGGGGCUGCGAGUGGUGGCCAUCCAGGGGGUGCAGACCAAACUCUAUCUGGCUAUGAACAGUGAGGGCUAUCUGUACACAUCAGAACACUUUACGCCAGAGUGCAAAUUCAAGGAGUCGGUGUUCGAGAACUAUUAUGUGACAUACUCCUCCAUGAUAUACCGGCAGCAGCAGUCGGGCAGGGGCUGGUACCUCGGUCUGAACAAGGAAGGAGAAAUCAUGAAGGGGAACCACGUCAAGAAGAACAAGCCAGCAGCCCACUUCCUUCCCAAACCUCUUAAGGUGGCGAUGUACAGAGAACCAUCCCUCCAUGACUUGACAGAGUUCUCCCGCUCUGGCAGCGGCACGCCCACUAAGAGUCGGAGCGCCUCGGCCGUACUCAAUGGAGGCAAAGCCGUGAGCCAGAACGAGUCGACGUAGCCCGGUCGCCGAAUCCAGGCCUGUGGCCGAACCAUGAAACCUUACCUCCAGCAGAGUGUGACUCCAAGCAGACUUCUCUCACCGAUCAGCAGUUCAGGACUAGCUACAAUAAACAACACACAAAGACCCACAACCCAUCUAUAUAUUAAAAAAACUGUCAAUCAUUGUUUCUGUCUCAAAAAUAGUAUCAAUAAGUAUGAAACUUAAAGGCACAUAAACCAUUCUGGACUUAAAAAAAAGAAUUAAAUAUUUAAUUUUGGCCUUGAGAUCCAUUUAUUAUCUUGAUCACUCUUUUGGUGAUGACUGCAUACCAGUUAGCUCAUCUUUAUCUCACAUUGUUUUGUCUUAAUUUCAUGUGGACAAUAACUUUUCUUAGCUCAUUUAGACACCAAGCACUCGUGCAUCUGUCAGACAGGGACAGGAAGUUAGACAUGUAGGUGUUCAGGGCAACCAGUAAUGGUGCUGGUGUACAAAGGCUGCAGUGGUUCAGUACAAGCCCUGAUCUAUGUCUCUUCCCUGCUUCUGUGAAUACAAAGCCUAUAAACUCCCUGGCGUGGCACAGCCUGGAGUUGCUGGGACUGUGGCCAGCCAGACGGUAGCUCUCCUGCAUCCUAGUGCACACGCUCCGAGACUGAGCUCUCUAGCAUGGGAAAAUGAAGCCUAUGUUCAGCUGACCUGAAAUAUACAAGGGACAGUGUGGCUCUCUUGCAGUUUUUUUCCAGAGAUACCACAGCUGCACCUUGUUUUUUGCUAAUUUUCUGAAUUAGCAGAGAGCUUUUUAUUUGAUAACUGGUUUUGUUUUUGUCCCCUGUUGUUCUCUUCCCUUGCCAUUGUUCAGUACUUGUAUUUUCUGUCACCGUUUCAUCAUUGAAAGAAGUUCCAGCAAACCAAAGACAGAACGUAAGAGUGUCCCUUUAAGCCACUGAAAACCAAGUCAGAAUAAAGGCAAAGCUGGAAUUUAUUUUCAUUGUACAUUUUUAAUGAAAGAAAGCAAAGAUUUGUUGGGCAAAAAGGAACAAUGGUAAAAGGAAGUGAUUUUAAACUUAAAAGUUGGCAGCGUGCUUGAUGUCGUGCUUUUUGCUGAUGUGCUCAAUGGCCGAGGUCUGAAACAAUUAAUCUGUGUCCCCAUUCCCUCUGUUACCUCUGUGUUCACAAUGUCUCCGUCUUUUGUCCUCGUGAUGGGUUUUAACCUUUUGUGUCAUGCUUCAACCCGCCCUGCCAUCCUUUUUUGUCGACUUCUAUUGACUGAUAAAGUUCACCAUAGGAAUAUGGUGCAACAAGCCCUUUCCCAGGAUGCUUGUUAUGUGUUUGAGUAACUUAUUGUGGUGAC